AGUACGGUGUAAAUCGGUUAUCGCUGUUUGCCGUGUGCUGUCUAGGUUUCGAAUUUCCGAUAUUAAUUAAUUCAAACCAGGUUUAAGAAUAAUAAAAACAAGUAUUAAGAAAUAUUAAAAUAUUUGAAAUCGCAUUAUCAUAAUCAUUUGUUAGUCGUGUGUUGUGACGCCACGGGCAUAAUCGUCCCCGUCAUUGCUCGUUUAUGAGAAAUUGAUUUAUCGUACGGUUUUCGUUUAAUAUCGUCGUAUUCACAUAAUACAUACCGCUCGCACAAUGGCCGUUCAAUGUCAAGUAGUCGAUUUAUCACAUGUAGAUUUUAAUACCAGUGAUGGUGUUGAGGUACUGUCUUCAUUUGAAGACAUGAACCUCCGGGAAGAUCUCAUUCGCGGCAUGUACGCAUACGGCUUUGAACAGCCUUCGGCCAUCCAACAGCGUGCCAUAAUGCCAAUGAUCAAAGGACGCGACGUUAUAGCCCAAGCCCAGUCGGGUACUGGCAAGACGGCCACAAUUUCAAUUGCUAUGUUACAAUCCAUUGACUUUGAGCUUAGAGACACGCAAGUGUUAUGUCUUUCGCCAACUCGAGAGCUAGCCAUACAAAUUCAAAAGGUAAUCUUAGCAUUAGGAGAUUAUUUAAAUGUUCAGUGUCAUGCUUGUAUUGGUGGUGUCAAAAUUGGCGAAGACGUGAGAAAAUUAAAUUUUGGCCAACACAUUGUUUCUGGAACUCCUGGACGUGUGUUUGAUAUGAUAAGAAGAAAAUUAUUGCAUACACGUAACAUAAAAACUUUAGUGUUAGAUGAAGCAGAUGAAAUGUUAAACCAAGGAUUCAAGAAACAAAUAUAUAACAUAUAUCGUUUCUUGCCACCUGCUACUCAGGUUAUCUUAGUAUCUGCUACACUGCCCCAUGAAAUAUUAGAAAUGACCAAUAAGUUCAUGACCAAUCCUUUUAGGAUAAUAGUUAAACGUGAUGAACUAACUCUUGAAGAAAUAAAACAGUUCUUUGUAGCAGUUGAACAAGAGGAAUGGAAAUUUGACACAUUGUGUGAUCUGUAUGAUACUCUAACAAUAACUAAAGCAAUAAUUUUUUGUUGCACAAGAAAGAAGGUGGACUGGCUCACUGAGAAGAUGCGAGAAGCUAAUUUCACAGUCAGUUCAAUGCAUGGAGAUAUGCCACAAAAAGAGAGAGACGUAAUAAUGAAAGAAUUUCAUACUGGACAAACAAGAGUUUUAAUUACUACGGACAUUUUGGCUCGUGGUAUUGAUGUUCAACAAGUUUCAUUGGUCAUAAAUUAUGAUUUACCUAACAGUCGUGAAUUGUAUAUACACAGGAUUGGCCGUUCUGGAAGAUUUGGUCGCAAAGGUGUGGCAAUUAAUUUUGUAAAAAUGGAAGAUAUUAAGAUUUUACGCGAUAUCGAACAGUAUUAUUCGACACAGAUCGAUGAAAUGCCUAUGAAUGUUGCGGACUUGAUUUGAAUGACCAGAAUCCAGAUUUUUACACCUUUACCGUAUUUUUUAAAUCAUUAUUUAUUACCAAUGCCUAUACCCAGGAUGGAGUAUAUUUAAAAAUUUUAUCAGUAUAAUAUGUAAACAAUACAUUUA